AUGACAUUCGUAAAGGUUAUUGUUCUUUGUGCCUCGCUGGUAGUAGUAAGCGCUUAUAGUCAUGGAGGAUCAGCUGUGAGCUACUCAACGGUGUCUCACGACUCACCGGUUAGAUAUCAUAAUUACGGAAACCUUGGCUAUGGGCACCACAAUUAUAGGCACCAUGAGUACCAAAACUAUACUUAUCCCCAAUACUCAUUCCAAUAUGGUGUAAACGACCACCAUACCGGAGAUGUCAAAUCACAACAUGAAGUUCGUGAUGGUGACGUAGUAAAAGGUCAAUACUCAUUGGUUGAACCUGAUGGUUCCGUACGCACCGUUAAAUAUGCAGCCAACGACAGAGACGGUUUCAAUGCAGUCGUUUCUAAAACUGGACCGACUGUACAUUCCCACGGACAUCACGGUUAUCACUUUUAA